AUGGCUCCUAUGUUCCACGCCAUAUUCACGAAUACCACCAAAGUCAACAAGCUCAGCAUACCGCUAUUGCUUUGCGUGGCGUUUCGUAUCAUCGUCGCCAGCAACCUACCGGACGAGGUCUUGGUCUCGGUUUGGGCAACAGUCUCCCAACACAUCAAUCCAAUGGGCCUUCGCGCACUCCUAUCCUUCGUUCCGUUGUGGUUCCUCGUAGUCUGGCUUCCCUUCGUGGACGAGACUUCCAUCCAGAGCGAGCCUAUUACGGGUUCAACCAACUGCAUACAAGCCGAACAAUCAGCCAGCGAGCCUGACUUCAGUGACUCCUUGAAGACAUCCGAAUCAGAACAUGGAAUCACAAUAGAAGUCGAACAAGUAAGUAUGGAUGGUGUGGUGGAUGGCGUCGUGACUCAAGAGUAG